AUGACAAGUAUAGAUACAAAUAAUUUAGAAAAUAUAUCAACUGAUCAUACAUUAUCAAUAUCAGCAGAAGAAGACACAGAUAAUGAAGACAAAUCAAGUGAAGAUGAGGAUGAAAAGAAUAACUCACUUGAUGAUCUUGCUGCUGACGAAGAGAUGCGACGUCAUUAUGUGAAAAAGAAUGAAUUUCGUCGAAUAUCUGUUGCAGCUGAACGAUAUAAUCCUGAAGAUGAUAACGAUUCUGAUAGUGAACAACCUCUCAUUUAUCCAAAGACUUCUGCACAACGUCAACGUUUAAAAGAUGCUGUUUGUCAUAAUUUAUUAUUUCGUACACUUGAAGCUAAACAAAUUGAUCAAGUUCUUGAUGCAAUGUGGGAAAAAACAGUUCAAAAAGGUGAAAUUAUUAUUCAACAAGGUGAUGACGGUGAUCAUUUUUAUGUUAUUGAUAAUGGUGUUUAUGAAAUUUAUGUAUCGAAAGAAGCUGAUUUUAGUAAACCAAUUAAAGUUGGUGAAUAUAAUCAAACAGGUUCAUUUGGUGAACUUGCAUUAAUGUAUAAUCAACCACGUUCAGCAACAAUAAUUGCUAAUACAGAUGGUGUUUUAUGGGCUAUGGGUCGACAAACAUUUCGUAAACUUGUUUUAAAACAUGCAUUUCGUAAACGACAAAUGUAUGAAAAUUUCUUACGUGAUCUUACUAUUUUACAAUCAUUAACUGAUUAUGAAAGAUCAAAUAUUGCUGAUGCUUUAAUUCCAAUAGAAUAUAAUCAAAAUGAAAUAAUUAUUAAACAAGGUGAUGAAGGUGAUCGAAUGUUUUUUAUUGAAGAUGGUGAAUGUGAUAUAUAUAUGAAUGGUAAAUUUCAUAAACGUAUAAAUAAAGGGGAUUAUUUUGGUGAACUAGCUUUACUUAAUCAUGAGCCUCGAUCAGCAACAAUUAUUGCAGCUAGUCCAAAAGUUAAAUUAGCUUCAUUAGAAGUUGAAUCAUUUGAACGUUUAUUAGGACCAUGUAUGGAUUUGAUGCAGCGUAAUACGUCCAAAUAUCUUAAAUAA